AUGCCCGCUAUCAGAGGCGCAGACUCUAAGAAGAAGACGCGUCGCCACACGCGCGACCUCGACCAGAUCCACGCCGACCUGCGCUCCGACCGCCACCUGCAGCAGUACACCGAAACAAAGGUCGAGGAAGACCUGCCGGGCCUGGGAAAAUUCUACUGCAAGGAGUGCGCCAAAUGGUUUGAGAGCGAUUACAACCUCGUCGCGCAUCGACGCGGCAAGCCUCACAAGCGCAGGGUCCGCCAACUGCGCGAGGAACCAUACAGCCAAAAAGAAGCGGAGGCAGCUGUUGGCCUGACUACCGACAACGGUUCUCGCACUACGUCUGCUGCGCGCCAGGACAAC